AUGGUCGAGAAAGUUGACGUCCUUAUCUGCGGAAGUGGAUCCGCAGGCCUCUGCGCUGCUACAUGGCUCGCCCGCUGUGGGAUCCGCUGUAAGGUGCUGGAGCGCCGCGACGGACCUAUGACAAUGGGGCAGGCGGAUGGUGUUCAGUGCCGCACAGUCGAAAUCUUUGAGAGCUUCGGAAUUGGCGAAGAGUUGCUGCGCGAGUCCUACCAUGUCCUGGAGGUCGUUUUCUGGGCUGUCGAUGGUUCCGGCGACAUCAAACGUACUGGCCGAACGGCAGAUACACAGCCAGGGCUAUCACAUCAGCCGCAUGUAAUUUUGAACCAGGCCCGGAUUAACGGGUUAUUCAUCGAGUCUAUGCAGCGGUUCAAUAACCAGAUCAUUGAUUACGGGUUUGACAUCAAGAACAUUGAGGUUGAUAGCUCUCUCGUCAAUGAUCCCCAUUCGUAUCCGGUGAAGGUGACAGCUGAGAAGGAAGGGAGGACUGAGGUCUUCGAGGCGAAAUAUGCUCUUGCGUGCGAUGGAGCACACAGUACUGUCCGUCGCGCACUGGGUUAUAAAAUGGUCGGUGAUAGCAGCGACGCAGUCUGGGGUGUCAUGGAUAUGGUGCCCCGGACGGACUUCCCAGAUAUCCGGAAGAAAACCACCAUUCGCUCCAAGGCGGGUAACUUAUUGAUCAUUCCUCGUGAAGGCGAUGCCCGCAAUUUAACACGGUUUUACAUUGAGCUGCCGGCAGGGACCAAGGCCAAAGAGGUCAAGCUGGAGGACCUACAACAAUCUGCUAAGGCUAUUCUCAGCCAGUACAGAAUUGAGUUCCCCGAGACGGUGUGGUGGUCCGCCUACGCUAUUGGUCAGCGCCAUGCGGACUUCUUCCAUAGGGAUUACCGCGUCUUCCUGGCAGGUGAUGCCUGUCAUACCCAUUCCCCCAAGGCCGGUCAGGGCAUGAAUGUCAGCUUGCAGGAUGGAUAUAAUAUCGGCUGGAAGCUGGCCACUGUUCUGAAAGGAUUAGCGCCUCCAUCCUUGCUAGAGACGUAUGUCGUUGAGCGACAGAAGGUAGCUAUUGACCUGAUCAAUUUCGACCGAUAUUUCUCGAAGCUUUUCUCGUCUGGUGGACAGACAUCCCCUGCCGAAUUCCAGGAAGGAUUCAUCAAAUCCGGGAAAUAUACUGCUGGCUUGACGGCCAAAUACGAUAGUUCUGCGAUCACGUUUCACACCGAGGGAUCAGAACAGCUUUCUACUAAUAUUGUGACUGGCAUGAGGUUACCAAGUUCUCAAGUGGUGCGGUACUGUGACUCAAAGCCCAUGCAAUUGAUGACAGCCUUGAAGUCGGAUGGCCGCUGGCGAGUCAUGGCCUUUGUGGGCGACAUUAGCAGACCUGAGAAUAAGUCCAAGUUGAACGCACUUGGAAACUACCUAAGCUCAGAUGACAGCCCAUUGCACCGCUUCCGCCAGAAGGAUGCCGACAUGGACAGCGUGAUUGAGCCUAUCCUAGUCGGCUAUGGGAAGCGACACGGCAUCGAACUGGAAGAAAUUCCAGAGGCUUUCCACCCAAUCACCGGAAAGAAUCAAAUCAGAGAUCUGCACAAAAUAUACUUCGACGACGAAAGUUACAACAAAGGUCACGGCCGUGUAUACGAGUACCUCGGUAUCAGCCCUGAGAAAGGUGCAAUUGUGAUUGUCAGACCAGAUCAAUAUGUCUCGGCCGUGAUCGGACUCGACGAUUACCGGCAAAUAGGCCAAUUCUUCGAAGGGUUCUUGAUCCCUCAAGGUGAAUACGCCUCACCGGAGAGCAAAUUAUAA